AUGAACGCCAUCUCAGGCUCCACAUCAGAUGAAAUGGAUGAAAUGGGUGGCGUUAAUCCAAUCAACUGGCUCAUCGAACUGCCAACAGUGAAGAAGAAGCUGAACCAUAGGCAAUAUGCAAAUGCAGAGGAAUUCGCCACUGAAAUCAGAAUGCUUUGUAUGAAUCCAAUCGACGCUGCUCUUACAGAUGAGUGUCUCUCUCUACUGCAAGCCUUCGACCAACUAAAAGCGAAAGAAAUGAGUGAAACAGAGUGCCUGCUCGUAGAAGUCGAAGCCAAAGAAACGCUUCUUAAAAAUGUCAAGAAAAAGCGAGAAGCCGCCAAGAAAGCUGGCGUGGAAGUUCCUGCAGUUCCGCAAUCCCUUUUGGAUUCUGCACAUGCCACAUUAGUGAAGUGCGGAGUUAUGGCUAAUUUUAACCAGAAACCUUUGGAAGCGCCUUCUCCG